UGAUCCAGCCCGAGAGGACAGAGCUGGGGAAGCUGGGUGUGGAGUGUACCGGGCAGGUGGGGAGGCCGUGUCUGAAGGGAGAAGAUUUGAUCGAGUUCGUGCUGUGCUGAAGGGACAGCUCGUGGUCCGGAGAAGAGAAUCCCCAACCAACCGUGAGACCGCCUUCCCUGACCCCGGCCCCUCCCAGUUCCCCCAGCGACUGCAGCUUCCUGCUACCCGUCGCAACCAUGGCUGAAGAACAACCGCAGGUCGAACUGUUCGUGAAGGCUGGCAGUGAUGGGGCCAAGAUUGGAAACUGCCCCUUCUCCCAGAGACUGUUCAUGGUACUAUGGCUCAAGGGAGUUACUUUCAACGUGACCACCGUUGACACCAAGAGGCGGACUGAGACAGUGCAGAAACUGUGUCCAGGCGGGCAGCUCCCAUUCCUCCUGUACGGCACUGAAGUCCACACAGAUACCAACAAGAUCGAGGAAUUUCUGGAGGCGGUACUGUGCCCUCCCAGGUACCCAAAGCUCGCAGCUCUGAACCCUGAGUCCAACACCGCUGGGGUAGACAUAUUUGCCAAAUUCUCUGCUUACAUCAAGAAUUCGAACCCCGCACUCAAUGACAAUCUGGAGAAGGGGCUCCUGAAAGCCUUGAAGAUUUUAGACAAUUACUUGACUUCUCCCCUCCCUGAAGAAGUGGAUGAGACCAGUGCCGAAGACGAAGGCAUCUCUCAGAGGAAGUUUCUGGAUGGCAACGAGCUCACCCUGGCCGACUGUAACCUGUUGCCAAAGCUGCACAUAGUACAGGUGGUGUGUAAGAAAUACCGGGGAUUCACCAUCCCAGAGGCAUUCCGUGGAGUUCACCGGUACUUGAGAAACGCCUAUGCUCGAGAAGAAUUCGCGUCCACCUGUCCAGAUGAUGAAGAGAUUGAGUUGGCCUAUGAACAAGUGGCCAAAGCCCUCAAAUAAGGCGCUGCUGGGGCUCCCCAACCCACCUCAGUCCUCCCCACAGAGGCCCUGGGGGGCUUCCACAUUGCUACCCAAUGGACAUGUUUCAGAACAACAGGGGAACCUGGAGUACUUAUGUGGGGGGCCGAGGUGGGGAAGGCAGUGAACAGAAAUGAAGGGGGCCUGGGUGAGAUUUUUAUUGUGGGGCGGGUUGGACAAUGUGUUUCAGUAAUAAAAUACAUAAUGAAAAUGUA